CGGACAUGGCAGUUGAAAUUGAUCGCGCUUUUCCAUUAGCCUAAAUUUCCUUCCUUUUCUACUCUUGAAGAACAAUUUAUUAGCUUGAAGACGAAGCAGAAACUCUUCAGCAGGAAAGAUCGUCAUAAAAAGGACAUAUAGAUAGUGUUUGUGUGUGAAUCCAUGGGAUUCUUCAGAUUAUCCAAACUCAAUCCAAUUUACAGAGCAUGUAUCUCCAACUCCAAGUCUCGUAGCUAUGCUCCGAAGAAUCUCAAUGUCUAUCAACCAAUUCAAAUCUUGAACAUAUUCUCUCUUGAAACUCAUGAUCACUCAUUCGCGCUGCCAGAUAGUCGUUACACAAUUCCGAAGCGAUGGCACGUCGGACAUUCACAUCAGCAACACGAGCAUUACGACCGCUCAACUAAGGAAGGUGAGAAGAUAUUCCACUUAGGGCUCGCAGCUGACAUUUGCUUGGCUACUGGAAAAGCUUUGACUGGUUAUGUCUCCGGAAGCACUGCGAUAAUCGCCGAUGCCGCACAUUCCAUUUCCGAUGUGGUUCUAAGCGGUGUAGCUCUUCUAUCAUUUAAGGCUGCUAGGGUUCCUCAGGACAAAGAACACCCAUAUGGACAUGGUAAAUUUGAAACCUUAGGAGCACUAGGGAUUUCUCUUAUGCUUCUGGGAACUGCUGGUGGCAUAGCUUGGCAUGCUUUAGAUCUUUUUAUGGGCUUGAUGUCACAAUCUCCUGAGAUAGUGGAUCAUCAUCAUGGGAUUGACAUGGCUCAUCCUAUUUUAGCUUUGAGUGUGACAAUACUAGCAAUAUUUACAAAAGAAGGAUUGUACUGGAUAACAAAGAGAGCAGGGGAAAGGGAAGGAAGUGGACUGAUGAAAGCAAAUGCUUGGCAUCAUCGUGCAGAUGCUGUUUCCUCGUUAGUUGCACUAAUUGGGGUUGGAGGUUCAAUUCUUGGGGUCAAGUUUCUGGAUCCUCUUGCCGGAAUUGUUGUCUCAGGAAUGAUUUUGAAAGCAGGUCUUGAAAAUGGUUAUCAGAGCAUAUUGGAACUAGUUGAUGCUGCAGUCCCAUUGGAGGAAUUGCUUCCUUAUAAACAAACUAUUCUGCAAGUUGAGGGAGUCAAGGGGUGCAGUCAUCUUAGGGGAAGAAGAGCUGGUUCAUUUCUGCAUCUUGAUGUGAAUAUUGAGGUAGAUCCAUUCUGUAGUGUGAGUGCUGCACAUGAUAUUGCUGAGAGUGUUCGUAGUGAACUUCAGAAACAACAUCCUCAUGUUCUUGAAAUCUUCCUACACGUAGAACCUGCAACUUCACUUUUAGUUGAUGAAUCAAUGGGGGGAGAGUAUGAAACAGAGGAGGAAAAACAUUGGCACAAUAAUAAUAGGACGAAUUCAGCAGUAGCAGAACAUAAGGAAAUAGAAGAUAAAGUCAGGAAUAUAAUCUUGUGUAAAUUCUCAGAGAAAAUGGCGAUUGAAAGGAUAACAAGACACUUGUUGCCGGAGAAGAUGGUCCUUCAAAUGGAGGUCACAAUGCCCGAUGACAUUCUAGUCGGAGAAGGUAUAAAGGUAGCAGAGGAAGCAGAAAAAGAAAUAUCAAAGUCUCUACCUCCAGAUUCUGUUCAAAUCUGCAUUCAACUUCGUCUUGGUAAUUCAAUGCCAGCUCUAAACAAAUUUAAAAAUGCAUGAUGUAUAACAAAAAAAAAACUAAAUAAAACUCUUCAAAAUCAC